CUCGCAAUCCUCCCAAGCUUUACGAACUUCUUCUUCUUGCGUAUAGCACUAGCACGCAAUGUCCACGGCGCCGCCGCAGCCGAACCAGCAGCAGCAGCAGCAGCGCCACCGGAGGCUGCGGGUGCGGCGCGUGUUCGACCUCUUCGACCAUGACGGCGACGGCGUCAUCACCGCCGCCGAGCUCUCGGGCGCGCUGGGGCGCCUGGGCCUCGCCCUGGGCGAGCAGGCGGACGGGCUCCUCGCCACCUACGUCGCGCCCAGCAUGCCCGGCCUGCGGUUCGCGGACUUCGAGGCGCUCCACGCCGAGCUCGCCGGCGGAGGCGAGGAGGACGAGGAGGCCGAGAUGAGGGAGGCCUUCGCCGUGUUCGACGAGAACGGCGACGGGUACAUCUCCGCCGCCGAGCUGCAGGCCGUCCUGGCGCGGAUGGGGGUGCCGGAGGCGGCGUGCAUGGCGCGGGUGCGCGACAUGAUCGCCGCGCAUGAUCGGGACAGCGAUGGCCGCGUCGACUUCCAUGAGUUCAAGGCCAUGAUGGCUGCCGGUAUGUAAAUGUAAUGGCUUAGCUAAACGAAUCUGGUUUCUCGUUCCAAGUGAUGUACUACUACGUGCUAGCUAUACGUACAAGCUAGUCAGUCAUGGUUUUUCUUUUCUUUUUUUGGAGGCCAAGCUAAUCUGUCAUGUGAAUACUGCAUAACUGUCAAAAAAAUGUGCAUAGUCCUGUACCUUUUGUAAGCAA